AUGCCGACCUUUCAGAGCAAAAAGUUCCGGAGCGCCGGCGAGUCCAACGCCAUGGGGGCCCGGUACCGGGCAGUCAUGAGCAAGCGCCCAUUCCUCAUGUUUGGCCUGCCGUUCCUGGCCGUCAUCAUCGCCGGCUCCUUUGUCCUGACACCGGCGACGGCUAUUCGGUACGAGCGACACGACCGCCGCGUGCGCCAGAUGACGCGCGACGAGGAGCUCAACGUGCGGCGCUCGGCGCGCAAGGUGGACAUGCGCGAGGAAUACUAUAGACUCGCCGGCGGCAAAGAUUUGGACAACUGGGAACAGAAGCGCGUGGAACGACUUCCGGGCGAAAGCGACGGCAUCAACUUUGCCUUUGCGCAGCUCCUCCUCGGCAAGGGCUGCAAUGUCGUCCUGGCCGACAUCAAGCUGCGGCCCAAGGCCGAAGAGCUGGUGAGCCAGCAUAGCGCCGCCGGCGAGGGCCCGCGCGCCGUCUUCGUCAAGACGGACGUGACGGCGUGGGAGGACCUGCGCGGCAUGCUCGACACGGCCGUCGCCGAGUUUGGCGGCUUCGACAUUGUGUGUCCCGGCGCGGGCGUCUUUGAGCCGCUGACGUCAAGCUUCUGGCACCCGCCCGGCUCCGACACGAGCUGGGACUUUGUCGACGCCAACCACUACACGUCGCUCGACAUCAACCUGACGCACCCCAUCCGCACGACGCAGCUGGCGCUGCAGCACUGGCUGGCGCCGGAGAAUGCGGCGCGGCAGACGCCCGAGACGCCCAAGCGCGUGGUCACCAUCGCUUCUAUUGCCGGCUACAUGCCCGUGUUUCCCUCGCCGCUCUACGUCGCCGCCAAGUAUGGCGUCGUCGGCUUCACCCGCUCCAUGGCCCCGCUCGAGGCCGCGGUCGGGAUCCGCGUGAGCGCCGUCGCGCCGGGCGCCGUGCGCACGCCCAUGCUGCUGGAGCAUCCGGACCGCGAUAAUGUGAUUGACGACGGCGAGGACGUGCUUAUCAGCGUGCAAAAGGUGGCCGAGGCGAUGCUGCUGCUCGUCGAGUCUGAGGACCACCCGGGCGGCACCAUCCUCGAGGUCUCGGCCAAGGGCACCAGACCGGUGUCGGUAUGGAAUGACCCGGGCCCGAGCCAAGAACCGCGCCAGGGCACGACGAUGUCGAAGAUGGGGGUUGCGACAGAGAAUGUCGUAGCCACGCUCACGGACGGCACAUGGCAGAAGAAGUAG